AUGAUACUCACUGCCAACCCCGUCCCUGCCAACCCCGUCCCUGCCAACCCUGUCCCUGCCAACACUGUCCCUACUGAUCCCGUCCCUGCCAACCCUGUCCCUACCGAUCCCGUCCAUGCCAACCCUGCUCCUACCGAUCCCGUCCCUGCCAACCCCGUCCCUGCCAACCCUGUCCCUACCGAUCCCGUCCCUGCCAACCCUGUCCCUACCGAUCCCGUCCCUGCCAACCCUGUCCCUACCGAUCCCGUCCCUGCCAACCCUGUCCCUACCGAUCCCGUCCCUGCCAACCCUGUCCCUACCGAUCCCGUCCCUGCCAACCCUGUCCCUACCGAUCCCGUCCCUGCCAACCCCGUCCCUGCCAACCCUGUCCCUACUGAUCCCGUCCCCGCCAACCCUGUCCCUACCGAUCCUGUCCCUGCCAACCCUGUCCCUGCCAACCCCGUUCCUGCCAACCCUGUCCCUACCGAUCCCGUCCCUGCCAACCCUGUCCCUACUGAUCCCGUCCCUGCCAACCCUGUCCCUGCCAACCCCGUCCCUGCCAACCCCGUCCCUGCCAACCCUGUCCCUGCCAACCCCGUCCCUGCCAACCCUGUCCCUACUAACCCAGUUCCUGCUAACCCCGUCCCUACCGAUUCCGUCCCUGCCAACCCUGUCCCUGCCAACCCUGUCCCUACCAACCCGGUCCCCGCUAGCCCCUCUUGGGUCAGGCAGGACACGUGA